AUGGGAUCUCCGUUAAAUGCGUCGUUGCUUCGACUCAAACUUUUGGAUGCCUUAAGAAGUGGAGACACCGCCAAAGUUGAUUCCGUCAAUGAAACCUUACUAUCCACAAAACUGACCACUCAAACCAAAGAUAUUAUCCAGAUAAAGCACACCAUUUUGCACUACUCGGUACAAGUGGCCCCAUUAUCUACAAUCCAGUACUUGGUCAACAAUGCCCAACAAUUCACUGUGGAUAUCAACUCCCAAGAUCAAGAUGGAAAUACCCCUUUACACUUGGCAGCUAUGACCUCCAGAGGAGAAGUGGUGAAAUACUUGUUGUCAUUGCCCAACAUCAACGACACCACCACCAACUUGGACAAAAAACAGCCGGUGGAAUUGUGUAAAGACUUGACAAUUGUCCAGUUGAUGCAAUAUGAACGAGCAAAGUUUGUUGAAAAACUGGCCAGCCAAUUGAGAGAGUACUUCACCAAGAGAGACUUCAAGAACUUGGAGAGGUUGUUGGUCGGCAACCCCAGAGCUGCUGAAUUGUUGGAUAUAAACGGUGCCGAUCCCGAAACUGGGAAUACGGUGUUGCACGAGUUCAUCGCCAAGGGUGAUUUGCAAAUGUGUGACUGGAUUUUGACCCACGGUGGUGAUCCGUUCAAGAGAGACAAGCGAGGUAAGUUACCUAUUGACUUGAUCCACAAUAAGAGCGAUCCAAUUAGAAAGUUGCUCAAAGCAGCUUCUAGAGACCAGACCAUCAUGGACCCAGCCAUGAACCCCACCAGUUCCAAAACUGUCAGUGCUCCCACCUAUAAGGGCUACUUGAAGAAAUGGACAAACUUUGCCUCGGGUUACAAGUUGAGAUACUUUGUGUUGGAUGAAAGGGGCAUCUUGUCGUAUUAUACCAAUCAAGACGAUACCAACAAUGCUUGUAGGGGUUCUCUCAAUUUGGGAUUUGCUUCUUUGCACUUGGAUUCGUCGGAAAAGUUGAAGUUCGAAAUCAUUGGCAAGAAUGGAAUCAGAUGGCACUUAAGAGCAAACCACCCAAUUGAGACCAACAGAUGGGUUUGGAACUUGCAGAAUGCUAUAACGUAUGCUAAAGAUAAUCUCAAAAAGAGAGGAGGCAGACAAGUGAGCAGCCUGAAUGGUUCUGCUCCUUUGAGCCCAAGUAAGCGUCAUUUGCUUAGUUUGAGACGGAAACACAAGAGAACCGGUAGCCAUGUUUCUUUGAAUUCAUUGGACAGCAAAGACGAGGAUUCCAACUCACUUUCCAGGUCAAGUACUUACAAGAAGAGCAUGGAUAGUCCAAACCUUGGUAAGAUCUACGAAAAGUCUACAUUGAAGGCUCCAGGAGGGCAAUUCGAUCAAUUAAGUUAUGUUGAGACUGACAACGAAAACUUUGACUUUGACGGAGAUGAAGAAGAUGAUGAAGACGAUGACGAUGACUACUACAGCGAGGACGGUUCAAUGAUCAAAACUCCCGGUAACAAGAAUUUGAGUGACGAAAUUUCUACCGUAAAAGGGUCAUUGGAGGUUGAGAUUAGGAGUCUUUUGGAUUUAUUCUCAAACGUAUUGAAAUCUCCAGAAAGUUUAGACUUGGAGAUUUGUAAAGUGGGUUCUAAUACCUUGGGUGUUAUCCAAGACUUGUUCUCCAAGUACAAUGGCUUGAUUUCAAACAAAGAUGCCAAGAACGCAAAAAGGUUUGAUAGACAACUAGAAGUCAACAAGUUAUGGGAAAACUCUAUUCGACAAUUAGAAAAGGAAAUUGCCAGCAGAGAAGAGAAAUUGGCUGAGUUUGAAGGUAAGAAGAAACAAUUGAAGAAGUAUCUAACCUCCAAAUCGUCUGCUGGUCCUUCAACCCCGGGAAGUCCUCCUGUAACUUCGGCUUUGGGAGCAGGUACGCUUGCUUCCGAAGGUAGCUCCGAGUCUAGAAUUAGUAUGAUCAAUGCCAGUUUGAAUACUGGUGUUUCUGAACAAGUUAUUGAAAACCUUCUUAACGACUCAGAUGACGAAUUCUUCGAUGCAGAUGAGUUAUCCGAAUCUUUUGACGAAGAGUUAACUGAAGGUCAAAAGCAGCCAGAAAGCGUAAGAGCUGAAACUGCUGUUGUCUCUGAAUCUCAAGAUGCAGUUUCAAUUGAGUCUGACACCAAAACAUUAUCCGUUGAUCCUAAGACCUUUGAAGAAAAUGAAGUACCCAAGGAACAACUCAAUGGAGUGCAGCAAAAGCACAAACAGAUGGUGGAAACUGAAGGUUCAUUCUUGGGAUACGAAAAUCCACCAAGAACUAAAUUGAAAUUGGACGAAGAUGAUAGACCCAAGGUUGGUCUCUGGGGUAUCUUAAAGUCCAUGAUUGGUAAAGAUAUGACAAGAAUGACUUUACCUGUAUCUUUCAACGAGUGCACCUCAUUAUUGCAAAGAUUGAUUGAGGAUGUUGAGUAUUCAGAUUUGUUGGACCAUGCUGCAACUUUUGAAGACUCUUCCUUACGUACCAUUUAUGUUGCUGCGUUUGGUGCCUCAGAAUAUGCGUCUACCAUCAACAGAAUUGCCAAACCUUUCAAUCCAUUGCUUGGUGAAACUUUUGAAUAUGCCCGUCCUGACAAGAACUACAGAGUUAUGACUGAGCAGGUCAGUCACCAUCCUCCAAUCAGUGCAUGUAAAGCUGAAUCUAUCAAGUGGGAUUACUACGGUGAAAAUGCUGUUGAUUCCAAGUUUAGAGGAAGAUCUUUUGACUUCAAGCAUUUGGGUAAGAUGUUCUGUGUCAUAAGGCCAGAUGCAGGUGUAAUUGAUGUCAAUGGCAACAAAGUAGCGGAAGAGUUAUACAGUUGGAAAAAGGUCAACACUUCUGUUGUGGGUAUUAUUGUUGGUAAUCCAACUGUCGAUAACUUUGGUGAGAUGGAGGUUACCAACCAUACUACUGGAGACAAGAUCAUUGUUGACUUGAAACAAAGAGGUUGGAGGGCAUCAUCAGCUUACCAGUUGAGUGGAACUGUCGUUGACAAGGAUGGAAACCCUAAAUGGGCUAUUGGUGGACACUGGAAUUCUAAGAUUUUUGGUAAAAGGUUACUGCAAACGAAUCCUAAUGAGGAACAAAGACGUGCUUCUUUGGUUAGCAAGUCUGAUUCUACCAAUAAUAAUUUCAGCAAAGACCCAUUUCUGGGUGGUGCAUUCCUCAUUUGGCAAGCUGCUCCAAGGCCUAAAAUCCCAUUCAAUUUGACAGCCUUUGCGGUUACUUUGAACGGUCUUGAUGAGAACUUGAAGAAGUUCGUUGCACCAACCGAUACCAGAUUAAGACCAGAUCAAAGAGCCAUGGAAGAUGGCCAAUAUGACAAGGCAUCUCUGGAAAAGCAUCGGGUUGAAGAGAAGCAGAGAGCUGCAAGAAAGGAAAGAGAGCUCAAGAGAGAGAACUACAAGCCACUCUGGUUCGUAAAGCGAAAGCACCCAGUCACUGGAGACGCCUUUUGGGAAUUCAAAGGUAAUUACUGGCAAUCAAGAAAAGAGCAUAAGAUGGAAAAUUGCCCAGACAUUUUCUAGUCAUGUUUGUUGUUUAACUGUUCAUUUUUUUAUUCUUGCUUAGUAUUAUAUGUGUAUGCAUACCAUGUUUGUUAUUCUGGUAUAAUAAAAAUAUAUUAGUGUAAUUUCGCA